AUGGAACUCGAUUCAAAUAUUCCAAAUUCUCCUAAGCCUGGUGACACAUUUUUUGUUCGAAUGAAUAAUGGCUCUAUUCAUGCAGCUGAAAUUCUUGAAACUCGUGCUGUCGAUGGUACUGAUCAACAAGAAUAUUUUGUACAUUAUCUUAACUUUGAUCAUCGUAAUGAUCAAUGGAUAUCAGAAAAUCGUCUAUCAGGAAAUGCUAGUCAUGAACAAAUGGAAAUAACAAAUGAACAAUUAAAUGAUUCAACAAAUAGUUUAACUAGUCGAAAACGAGCACGUCUAAAACGUCGUUUAAAUGAUGAUUCAAUUGAUUUUUCUCAUGAAUCUUCAUUUGAAACUGUUGAUCAAAAUACUCGAAAAGAUUACAAACCGAAUGUAAAAUAUAUUGAAAAAAUUUGGAUUGGUCAAUAUGAAAUUGAUUGUUGGUAUCAUUCACCAUUUCCGGAUGAAUAUGGUAAACAACGUUUAUUAUAUAUAUGUGAACAUUGUAUGAAAUAUAUGCGUCUUAAAACAACAUAUUGUCGUCAUCUUGCAGAAUGUCCAUUGAGACGAGCACCUGGUAUUGAAAUUUAUCGAGACUCAAAAAUUGGUUGUGCAAUAUAUGAAAUAGAUGGUGCACAAAAUAAAUUAUAUUGUCAAAAUUUAUGUUUAUUAGCUCGACUUUUUCUUGAAUCGAAAGUUAUUUGUUUUAAUGUAUCAGAAUUUCUUUUUUAUGUACUUAUGGAAUAUAAUGAUAAUAAUCAAACAGAACGUUUUAUUGGAUAUUUUUCUAAAGAAAAAGAUUCGGCUUUUGGAUAUAAUUUAUCUUGUUUAUUAUGUUUACCACCUUAUCAACGAAAAGGAUAUGGAAAAUUAUUAAUUCAAUUUAGUUAUGAAUUAUCGAAAUUAGAAAAUGCAGUUGGUGGACCAGAAAAACCUGUCAGUGAUUUAGGACAUAAAGCCUAUUUAAGUUAUUGGACAUGGGCACUAUUAAAUGUACUUAAAGAAAAGCCAGAAAUUGAAGUAGAUGAAUUAAGUGCCAUAACAAGUAUUAGUACAGAGAAUUGUAUGGAAACAUUGAGUUCGUAUGGUUUCAUUAAAUAUUGGAGACAAGGUCAAUUUGUAUGUGCAUCAAGAAAAUGUAUUGAAGCUCGUCUUCAAGAAUUACAUGCAAAAAAAUUUCUUAUUGUUAAUUCACAAUUGAUUAAUUGGCAACCGAGAGUGAAAGGAAAAGCUGGAAGACAAAACAAAAUAUUUACUUUCUAA